UGCGGGUUCCGCGCGCUCAGAAACAUGCUGAGGUCCCGGCAGCUGUUCCAGCAGCGACAGCGGCUCCAGCAGCAGCGGCGGCGGCGGCGGCGGCGACAGCGCACAGCUCUGGCGGGGAAGGCGCCCUGCGCCCAUGCCUGCGGCCCCGCGCCGCGGCUGCCCUGACCUGGCCGCGACCUCCCUCGUCGCGCCCCGCCGCCCGGGCCUCUGGGGGGGUUCCCCGACCGCGGCCCAACUCCGCCACACCCCCCGCCCCCGGCCUCCGCAGCUCGGUAUGGGCGCGGGGGCGCUCGCCCUGGGUGCCUCCGAGCCCUGCAACCUGUCAUCCGCCGCGCCGCUCCCCGACGGCGCGGCCACCGCGGCGCGGCUGCUGGUGCCUGCGUCCCCUCCCGCCUCGCUGCUGACCCCAGCCAGCGAGGGAUCCGUGCAGCUGUCGCAGCAGUGGACGGCUGGCAUGGGCCUCCUGAUGGCGCUCAUCGUGCUGCUCAUCGUGGCGGGCAACGUGCUGGUGAUCGUGGCCAUCGCCAAGACGCCGAGGCUGCAGACGCUCACCAACCUCUUCAUCAUGUCCCUGGCCAGCGCCGACCUGGUCAUGGGGCUGCUGGUGGUGCCAUUCGGGGCCACCAUCGUGGUGUGGGGCCGCUGGGAGUACGGCUCCUUCUUCUGCGAGCUCUGGACGUCGGUGGACGUACUGUGCGUGACGGCCAGUAUCGAGACCCUGUGUGUCAUCGCCCUGGACCGCUACCUCGCCAUCACGUCGCCCUUUCGCUACCAGAGCCUGCUGACCCGCGCGCGGGCACGGGCCCUCGUGUGCACCGUGUGGGCCAUCUCGGCCCUGGUGUCCUUCCUGCCCAUCCUCAUGCACUGGUGGCGGGACAAGGGUGCCGAGGCACGCCGCUGCUACAACGACCCCAAGUGCUGCGAUUUCGUCACCAACAGGGCCUACGCCAUCGCCUCGUCCGUGGUCUCCUUCUACGUGCCCUUGUGCAUCAUGGCCUUCGUGUACCUGCGGGUGUUCCGCGAGGCCCAGAAGCAGGUGAAGAAGAUCGACAGCUGCGAGCGCCGCUUUCUCGGCAGCCCCGCGCGGCCGCCCUCGCCCGCGCCCUCGCCCGGGUCCCCGCUCCCUGCCGCCGCUGCCGCAGCCCCGGUAGCCAACGGGCGCACCAGCAAGAGGCGGCCCUCGCGCCUCGUGGCCCUGCGAGAGCAGAAGGCGCUCAAGACGCUGGGCAUCAUCAUGGGCGUGUUCACGCUCUGCUGGCUGCCCUUCUUCCUGGCCAACGUGGUGAAGGCCUUCCACCGCGACCUGGUGCCCGACCGCCUCUUCGUCUUCUUCAACUGGCUGGGCUACGCCAACUCGGCCUUCAACCCCAUCAUCUACUGCCGCAGCCCUGACUUCCGCAAGGCCUUCCAGCGCCUGCUCUGCUGCGCGCGCCGGGUCGCCCGCGGGAGCUGCGCGGCCGCCGGGGAUGGGCCGCGCGCCUCUGGCUGCCUGGCGGUGGCCCGGCCGCCGCCGUCGCCCGGGGCCGCCUCGGACGACGACGACGACGAAGACGACGUCGGGGCCGCGCCGCCGGCGCCCCUGCUGGAGCCCUGGGCCGGAUGUAACGGCGGGGCGGCAGCUGACAGCGACUCGAGCCUGGACGAGCCGAGCCCCGCGGGCCGCGCCUCGGAAUCCAAGGUGUAGGGCCCAGCGCUCCCUCCCCACCUCCCCAGCGGGGAUGCAGGCUCUGCGCCGAGAGAAGAGAACCCGGCGCCCCGAAAGGCUUCCCGGGGGAUGAGGAGAUCUGUGUUUACUCGAGACCGAAAGCAGGUGAACUCGCAAACCUCGUCUGCAUCAUCUAAGGCAAACAGAAAAGCCGCGGACCGUUGCACAGAAAGGAAAGUUUGGGGAGGGUGGGAGAGUGGCUUGCUCAUUUUUCUUGAGUUCUUUUCUCUGUUUGUGGUCCGUCCUCCUUUUGUGUGUGCGUGUGAUGCAUCUUUAGAUUUUUAUUCCCCCAGGUGGUUUUUAACACUUUCUGCGAAGACUAGGGAAGGGAUGGGAGAAGCAUUAGGAGAGUUUUUAAAAAGGUGUCUCAACUUGGCUUCCAUUCCGUUCCCGGGGACGGGAGCAGUCAACCGGAGAGCAAGGAGGGACAGUGUGUCAGGACAUGUUUGCUUUGCAGAGAAAUUUCAUUUUAAGUCCGGAGCCAUGAUUUCUCCUGUUCUUAAAGCAGAGGGAAAGGAUACAGGCAAAGUUUCAGGAAAUUGUAAGCUAUUCUUGGAACAAGCCUCACCUUGCUUUCCUUUUGCAGGGCAAGCCGGCUGUCCCCGAGCACCUCCGUGGUCAGGCUGAGGGGUUCCUACCUCACACUGUGCACGUUGCACAGCAAGAUAGAGAGACUUGUUUACAUUAAACAGCUUAUUUAUGUAUCAAUAUUAGUUGGGAGGACUAGGCGCUGAGCCUCUGUGACAUGUGACUCUGUCCAUUGAAGACAGGACAGAAAAAAAAAAAAGGAAAUAAUUCAGAUUACUG